GCCAGGAAUUUACUUUUCUAUGCCAUGGACACAGACACAGUGUGUAUAUACAUCAUAGGUAAGUGCAAAGCACCAAGGAGAACAUCAGAGAAGGCAAUCUUGGUGACUGGAGAUCCAUGAGGCUUCAUCUUCCUCUCGGACCAGGUCCCAGCUCCCCGGGAGAAGAUCCUCACACUUCCGUCACUGUAGCCCACUGCCAGGUGGAGAGACGAUUCGUGGGGCUGCCCCUUCUCGUUAGUGGGGGGCCGAGACACGAUCACGUGACUUUUCAGAGGAGCCGGAGCGAACGCAAUGCACAAACACUCCUGGAAAAAAAUAAAUAAUAGAUGUACAGUAUAGCGGUUUUUAUGAUGCUG